AUGUCAGACCGUCUCAUCAGCCAAGCGAACUCAAGGCUCACCAAAGUCAAUCUUGUGAAUCUGCUCACCAGAGAAGAGGCUUGGUCCUCGCUUGAUUUGGACACAAGACGCGAGCUAUAUCGCAUGCUGCCGGUCCCGCCGCACACUAGCGAUUCUGAGCCUGAUCCUGACGUACAUCCGCUCAAGACAAGCUACGCCAAAUACAUCAAGCAUUUCAUCUACGAAUGGGAACAAGACCUUGCUGCUGGUCGCAACACUGCAAAGUGGCAGAAACAGGCCAAGCAAGCAAGCGGAGAACGUAUCUCAGGGGCAUAUGAUGAUUGGAAGGAGAAGGAGCGCGAGGAGCACUGGGGUCAGAAGUAUGACCCAGAGCACUUCAAGAAGAACUAA